AUGUGGGCCUGUUCCCGAGAAAGCGGUAUAUCGUUUGCGUCGGGCCUCAUCGGACACGUUAAAGGAAACAAAGGAUUCUGCCAGUCCGUGGGUGGUGUCACAUCAACACUUUGCGAUGACCUGAGUGAAUGCUACACAUCAGCCCAGGACAAUGGUGGCCAUCUUGCCUACCCGGAAGCCUCCACUAGUACGCAGGUCAAUGGGAAGCAAUCGCCUGAGGAUUUUGAGCACAUCAUUCGCUCCAUGGCUCAGGGGCGCUACGUGACGCGCAUGGAGCUGGUGAAGCCACUGUCUGGGGGUCUGGGCUUCAGCGUGGUUGGCCUGAGGAGCGAAAACCGCGGGGAGCUGGGCAUCUUCGUCCAGGAGAUCCAGCCCGGGAGCGUGGCCCACUGCGAUGGGAAGCUGAAGGAGUCAGACCAGAUCUUGGCCAUCAACGGUCAACCCCUGGACCAGACAGUGACCCACCAGCAGGCCAUAGGCAUCCUGCAGAGAGCAUCUGAGUGCGUGCAGCUCACUAUAGCCAGAGGACCCAUCCCUCAGCUGGCCAGCCCCGUGGUGUCCCGUACCCCCUCCGCUGCCAGCACCCUGUCUGCCCACUCCAGUGCGACCCACUGGAAUCACGUGGAGACCAUGGAGCUGGUCAACGACGGGACAGGCCUGGGCUUUGGCAUUGUGGGAGGAAAGACCACCGGUGUCAUUGUCAAAACCAUCCUGCCUGGAGGCAUCGCUGAUCAGGAUGGGCAUCUGCGCAGUGGGGACCACAUCCUCAAGAUUGGGGACACUGACCUAUAUGGCAUGGGAAGUGAGCAGGUGGCUCAGGUCCUGAGGCAGUGUGGUAACCGAGUGAAGUUGGUCAUCACCAGAGGCCCUCCAGAGGAGACCGCCAUCGUCCCAAUGGUGUUGCCCACGGUCACAGAGCAACAGGGAUACGAGGAAGAGGAGGCCGAAGCGUUUGACGUUGGGCUGACCAAGAACGCCCAGGGUCUGGGAAUCACCAUCGCCGGCUAUGUGGGGGACAAACAUUCUGAGCCCUCUGGUAUUUUUGUGAAAAGUAUAACUAAAGACAGUGCGGUAGAGCAAGACGGCCGGAUCCAUGUUGGGGACCAGAUCAUAGCCGUGGACGGUAUUAACAUCCAGGGCUACACCAACCAGCAGGCCGUGGAGGUGCUGAGACACACGAGCCAGACAGUUCACUUGAAGCUGAUCAGGCGAGGCUUCCGUCCAGAGGAUAUCCCACCCGCUGUGGUGCCCAGUGUGAUCGUAGUCUCACCAACCCCAGGGGGCAGAGACACGACACUGGAGAGGACGGAUGUUGUGGACGCCACCACUCAAGGUAAGAAACAGUACCAGGCAUUGAGUGAGGAAUCUGAUGUCACCAACAUGAUGGAUCAGUUAACUGAGAAGACCAGAGACGAAGCAAAGUUAACAGAGGAUGAGGAGUUAGAGCUGAAGACGAAGUGGCAGGAGACUCUCGGCCCCAGCAAGGAAGUAGUGGUUGCCCAAGUGGAGAAGUUCAGUGAGAGCAGUGGUCUGGGAAUCAGUCUGGAUGCCAACAGCGGGCACCACUACAUCCGCUCCGUCCUCCCGGAGGGGCCAGUGGGACGCUGUGGGAAACUCUACAGUGGGGACGAACUGCUCGAAGUUAAUGGAAUAUCCCUGAUUGGUGAGACCCACAAGGAAGUGGUGAGCAUUCUGAAGGAGCUGCCUGUCUGUGUCUACAUGGCCUGCUGUAGGCCCGCCCCUCUCCUGAAGAGUGACAGGGAUUCUGGCCAACCGGGGUUGGAUGAAUUUGCUACUGAACCUAUAAUGAAGAUACAGGGAGACCUCGACAGUUUCCUGGUUUUCGAAGGUUCCGAGGGGGUGGCGACGAGGGAAAAUGUAACGGAUGAGACACCCGGAGCUCCUUUGGCCAUGUGGGAGACGGAGAUACAGGACAUUGAGCUGGAGAAGGGUGCGAGCGGCCUGGGAUUCAGCAUCUUGGACUACCAGGACCCAAUGGAUCCUGCCAAGACGGUGAUUGUGAUUCGCUCUCUGGUGUCUGAAGGAGUGGCAGAACAGGAUGGCAGGCUAUUGCCAGGCGACCGGCUCAUGUUCGUCAACAGCACCAACCUGGACAACGCCAGUCUGGAGGACGCUGUCCAGGCAUUGAAGGGGGCUAACAUCGGCACGGUCCACAUUGGGGUGGCCAAACCACUACCUAUUGACUCCAAUGAGGUAGACCUGACCGACGAGAGGGUGUUGGCGCAUCGCUUCUCUGGCGAGGAGGAUGACACAUUCCAGGCAUCCAUGAUUGCCCUCCAUGGCAGCACCUGCAGCGCUGACCUGUCCUACCAGAUGAUCUUGCAGUCCUCCACACCCAAGCGGAGUGCUCGCCUGGACUUGUUGACCGAACAUCCCUUCGUGACGUUGUCCUGCCUCGCAGACGACACUGAACCCUUUUCCCCGGAGGAGAAGCCCAUCGCUUUCCCCCUGCCCAGGAGUAUUGGAAGUCACACCCUAAUGAUUGACAACAACACACUAGCUAUCUCCGAUCAGUACCUGGCGCAUCAAUUAACCCAAUUGGAGCCGUCGGAUCUGUCGAACUCGUGCAGUCCGUACACUGACCCCGAGCCCGGUUUGUAUGAUUUGGGGGAGCCAAUGCAGUCUCUUCGUUUUCCGGUGGAGCCCACCAUGGCCGUUGCAGACAUAGGGGAGAUGGAAUGCUUAAUGAAGGGGGAUGAGCCAUCUGUAAAGCAGCCCAAAGAGGAAGGGGACAAGAUUGGAACCACUGGGAGUCAUUUUGAAAGGACAAUCACGGUUGUCAAGGGCAACUCCAGUCUCGGAAUGACGGUGAGCGCCGUCAAGGAUGGCUUGGGGAUGCACAUCCGCAGCAUCAUCCACGGAGGCUCCAUCAGCCGAGACGGCCGUCUGGGGGUGGGGGACCUCAUCCUGGCCAUCAACGGCGAGCCCACGGCCAAGCUGACCAAUACACAGGCCCGCGCCAUGCUCCGGAGACACUCCCUCAUCGGGCCAGACAUGGGAUCUGCUUGUGCACCAGAGGACGAUCUGUGCCCCUUUUAUGUCAUCACCUAUGUUCCCAUGGAGUAUCUGGAGGAGUACAAGGCCAGCCUGGAGCAGCCUAAAGAUGACAUCUUCUCUGAUGCUCCUCAGGCCCCAAAAAGAGAAAUCCUAGAACUCCCAGAGAGGGAGGAAGGAGAGGGAGAGGAGAGUGAGCUACAGAGUGCUACCUUCAGUAACUGGAACCAGCCCAGGAAGGUGGAGCUCAAAAAAGAAUCUGGCAAGUCCCUUGGCAUCAGCAUCGUGGGGGGCAGAGGAAUGGGCAGUCGCCUCAGCAACGGCGAGGUGAUGCGGGGCAUCUUCAUCAAACACAUCCUGGAGGACAGCCCCGCCGGCCGCGACGGAACCCUGAAGACAGGAGACAGGGUUGUUGAGGUGGAUGGCGUGGACUUGAGAGAUGCCAGUCACGAGCAGGCUGUGGAGGCCAUCCGCAGGGCAGGAAACCCUGUCGUGUUCCUCGUGCAGAGUAUCGUCCACAGGCCCAGGUCCUCAACCACGGACACCAACGAGGAGAGAGCGGCGGCCAUGGCACGGCGCAAUAGUGACAAGGAGGUUGAGAGUCACAGUAGACUAUUCCUACGCCUCUCCCCAACUAACCCUUUCACUCCUACUCCGUUUAAGCCACUAAAGAGGGAAGCAGGAAAGACAUCGUCCACCACUCCUCACCUCUCGCUUCCCGUGGUUCCCCACGUCGGAGAGACAGACACCGAUACCCUGACAGAGAUUCCCGACAGACAGGCCCAGGCGGAAGACGAGGAUGAGUUUGGCUACAGCUGGAAGAGCAUCAUUCAGCGCUACGGCAGCCUUCCGGGGCUGCUGCACAUGAUUGAGCUGGAGAAGGGGAAGACCGGCCUGGGCCUUAGUCUGGCUGGCAACCGCGACCGCUCUCGCCUGAGCGUGUUUGUGGUCGGGAUUGACCCCUGUGGCGCCGCCGUCAAAGAUGGUCGCAUUGUGGUUGGGGAUGAACUGUUGGAGAUCAACGGGCAGAUUCUGUAUGGGCGGAGUCACCAGAAUGCCUCCUCCAUCAUCAAAAGUGCUCCGUCAAAGGUCAAGAUCAUUUUCAUCAGGAACACAGAUGCUCUGAACCAGAUGGCUGUAGGACCAGAGAGGGAACAUGGAGACACCCUGGAGCCCCAGACGGAGCUGGAAACAUGUACUUCCAUUGCACCCUCGGCGAUCGAUGUCGACAUGUUCAAGUAUGUGCAGCACGUCAUUCUGCCGAAGGAGGAGGGUGGAUUCGGCAUCACUUUCAGUGAGGAAGACCCCACGAACGGGGUGGUGAUUCAGAGUAUUACUGAAAAAGGACCAGCAGGAAAGGACGGCAGCAUCAAAUCUGGAGAUAAACUCCUGGCUGUGGAGGAUGAACCAGUGGUGGGCUACACUGUGGAGAGGGUCCACUCUCUACUGGGGAACGCCAAAGGCUCCGUGAAGUUGACAAUCUGCGCGAAUGAGUCAUUGCCCCUCCCCCCCUACUAUACUGAUCAGGCCACCAGCAUCCCUAGCAUCUACAUGGCUAACCUGGGCCAGCCUGAGUCAGAGCCAAUCAGGAGCUCAAGUCGCUCGUCCACCCCUGGCACUCUGGCCUCCUCUGACCCUGUGACCUGUCCCAUCAUCCCCGGCUGUGAGACCACCAUAGACAUCUCCAAAGGCCACACGGGCCUGGGCCUCAGCAUUGUGGGGGGCUGUGACACUCUAUUGGGGACCAUCAUCAUUCACGAGGUCUAUGAGGAGGGAGCUGCCUCCAAGGAUGGGAGACUGUGGGCUGGGGACCAGAUCCUGGAGGUGAAUGGCAUUGACCUGCGCGUGGCCACUCACGACGAAGCUAUCAACGUGCUACGGCAGACCCCUCAGCGGGUGCGUCUGAGCGUGUUCAGGGAUGAGGCCCAGUACAAGGAGGAGGACCUGUGGGAUGCCUUUACCGUGGAGCUGAACAAGAAGCCCGGCCAGGGCCUGGGCCUCAGCAUCGUGGGGAGAAGGAAACGAAAAAGGAAACCUUCUAGAACCGGUACCGAAUUGAAGAGUCUGAGCAGGAACUGGAACGACACAGGGGUGUUUGUGUCGGACAUAGUGAAAGGGGGCGUGGUGGAGAGUGACGGGAGGCUGAUGCAGGGAGACCAGAUCCUGUCCGUCAACAAGGAGGAUGUCAGAAACGCCACCCAGGAGUCAGUGGCUGCACUGCUGAAGUGUGGUGUGGGACCCAUCGUGAUGGAGGUGGGCAGAUUUAAAGCCGGACCCUUCCACUCUGAGAGAAGGUUCUCACAGAGCAGUCAGAUAAGUGAAACGGGCAGCUGCAAAGUGACCCCUCACUCGCUGUCAGCCUCCUCUGGUAGCCUCCAGAUGGACUGUGACAGCGUACAACAUACAACACUGGACCACCAGGAGAUCAGAAUUGUUGAAUUCACAAAGGGUCUCACUGAUUCAUUGGGCAUCAGUAUUGCGGGUGGAGUGGGCAGUCCCCUGGGCGAUGUGCCCAUCUUCAUCGCCAUGAUGAACCCUACCGGCCUCGCUGCCCAGACACACAAACUCAAGAUCGGUGACAUGAUCGUCAGUAUCUGUGGGACCGCUACUGAGGGUAUGAGCCACAGCCAGGCCGUCACCCUGCUGAAGAAUGCCACCGGCACCAUCGAGCUGCAGGUGGUAGCAGGGCGUGAUACCACAGUGACCGGCCCGUCUCAGGAGCAGACAGCUGCUGGACUCUCAGUCUCCAGCCUUACUGCUACUAGCAUCUUCCACGACGACCUGGGACCUCCUCAAUAUAAGACCAUUACCCUGGCCAGGGGCCCAGAUGGCCUGGGCUUCAGCAUUGUUGGUGGCUUUGGAAGCCCACAUGGAGACCUGCCCAUUUAUGUGAAAACCGUGUUUGGGAAGGGGGCAGCGUCAGAGGACGGGCGUCUGAAGCGGGGGGAUCAGAUUAUGGCUGUUAACGGACAGAGUCUGGAGGGGGUCACCCACGAGGAGGCCGUGGGCAUCCUGAAGAGGACCAAGGGAACAAUUGCCCUCACUGUGCUCUCCUAGACACACACACACACCUCACCCUACACGCAUAGACAAAGACACAUACCUUGGUGUAGACACACACUCACCCUAAUAUACUGUACAUGUAUUGAAAUGUGAACACACCCAUUCCUAAACUCUAACAUGCUGACCAAACCGGACGCGCGCAAGUUGAUUUUGUUCACCCACACCAGAAGCGAUCAGGACACACAGGUUGAAAUAUCAAAACUCUGAACCAAUUAUGUUAAUUUGUGGACAGGUCAAAUAGCAUUAAACAUUUAUGGCAAUUUAGCUAGCUAGCUUGCUAGUUAAUUUGUCCCGGGAUAUAAACAUUGGGUUGUUAUUUUACCUGAAAUGCACAAGGUCCUCUACUCCGACAGAUAAAACGGUAAACCAAAUUAGUUUCUCGUCAUCUCUCUUCCUUUCUUCAGGCUUCUUUUUCUUCUUUGGACUUUAAAUGGUGUUUGGCAACCAACUUUACGGUGCAUUCCAGCGACUCCUGUGGCGGGCCGGGCGCAGUGCGCGCUAACCAA